ACCCUGCCCAAAGUGUAUCACAUUGUAACACGUUUUUCAGAUUUAAAGAUGGCACUUCAGAAUACUUUAAUGCAUUUAAGCCGCAAGAAUCUUCUCCAGGAGACAUGCAAGCAGGCUUUCCUGCAAGCGCGCGGGUUGCACAAGUCCGUUGCAAACGACUCUCUGGAAAUUGCGCACAGCCAGCCUGCUGUGAAAGAGAACACGGGAAACCCUUCUGAGCAAAUGCCGAAUGUUGCCAAUGCCAAGACCCUGAAAGAGAUGCCCGGACCCAGCACUAUCGCUAAUCUCAUCGAGUUUUUCUAUCGGGAUGGGUUCAGUCGUAUCCAUGAGAUACAGCUGGAGCACUCUGAGAAGUUCGGCAAGAUCUUCAAGUCUCGAUUUGGACCUCAGUUUGUGGUGUCCAUCGCUGACAGAGACAUGGUGGCUCAGGUUCUCAGGUCUGAGAGUUUGACUCCUCAAAGAGCUAACAUGGAGUCCUGGAAAGAAUACAGAGAUAUGAGAGGAAGGUCCACUGGACUCAUAUCUGCGGAGGGCGAUGAGUGGUUGAAGAUGCGCAGCGUCCUGCGUCAGCUGGUCAUGCGACCGCGAGACGUGGCUGUUUACUCCCAUGACGUUAAUGCAGUGGUGGUGGAUCUGGUGAAAAGAGUAAAGACCCUGCGGAGCCGGCAGGCCGACGGCCAAACCGUUGAAAACAUCAAUGACCUGUUCUUCAAGUAUGCAAUGGAAGGAGUGGCAACCAUUUUGUACGAGACCCGUUUGGGCUGCCUGGAGGAGAAGAUUCCCAAAAUGAGUCAGGAGUACAUCGGUGCGCUGCAUCUCAUGUUCAGCUCUUUUAAGACCACCAUGUACGCCGGUGCUAUUCCCAAAUGGCUGCGUCCCAUCAUUCCUAAACCCUGGGAGGAAUUCUGCAGCUCCUGGGAUGGCCUCUUUAGAUUCAGUCAGAUCCAUGUUGACCGAAAGCUUUCAGAAAUUAAACAGAAGAUGGAAAAAGGUGAAGAGAUUAAAGGAGGUUUGUUGACUCACAUGUUGGUCACCAAAGAGAUGAACGUGGAGGAGAUCUAUGCAAACAUGACAGAAAUGCUCUUGGCUGGAGUGGACACGACCUCUUUCACGCUGUCAUGGAGUGCGUACCUUCUGGCAAGACAUCCCAUGGUACAGGAGCAGAUCUUUGAAGAAGUGGACCGUGUGCUAGGCGGGCGUGUCCCAGUCGGAGAGGAUGUUGCCAAUUUGCCCCUGAUCAGAGGGCUUGUCAAAGAGACGCUCAGGCUUUUCCCUGUCCUUCCUGGAAAUGGACGUAUUACACAGGACGAUCUUAUAGUUGGAGGUUAUUUCAUUCCUAAAGGGACUCAGCUGGCUCUGUGUCAUUACUCUACCUCCAUGGAUGAGGAAAACUUCCCCCGUGCAGAAGAGUUUCGCCCCGACCGCUGGAUCCGCAAGGAUGCUACUGACCGCGUCGACAACUUCGGCUCCAUCCCGUUUGGUUACGGUCUCCGCAGUUGCAUUGGCAGGAGAAUAGCCGAGCUUGAGAUGUACCUGGCUCUUACACAGCUCCUUCAGAAGUUUCACAUCAAAGUUUCUCCUCAGACCCCUGAUGUUCGCGCCAAAACUCAUGGCCUUCUUUGCCCGGGAGCACCCAUCAACCUUAGGUUUGUGGACCGGGAAUAAUCUGCCAUUACCGUGUAAAUGGGAAUCCUAAUCUUCCUGGUGUUUAUAUCCAUCUGUAUACCAUGGUUGGGUAACAACAACCCAGCAUAUUGUAGGUUUAUUUAUACCAACCCAACAGUUGGUUCUGUUCAAUAUUUACCCAACUAUGGGUUAAAACCAACCCUAGAUUUUUAUUAUGUGUGGAGUAUUUCUGUAUUAUUAAAAAUGUAAAGAGCCGAAAAGGUAUAAACCAGGGUUUCCCGCAUCACUUUUCAGUUCGGGUGGCCCACCUAAGCUGGGAUACCCUACCACCUUAACUAGGUCGUCCAAAAAAAAAAUUAGCUGCACAAAAGGCCGUCAAGUGCAUCUCGGAGAAUAGCGUGGAUGUGCUUCACACCGCGAGCGGGCACGUGCCACAUGACCGAAAUGAGAGAAAGACAUGGUCCGUCACUGUCUGGAGGAUAACUAGCCUCUUGAUAAAACAUUUAAUUCAUUAAUAAUCUAGUAUGUGUUCAUUUUCUGUCAUAGUUUCUUCAAAAUUGAGUUUUAUUUGAGUCUUUUAAAUAAAAACAUUUUCAUCAUGAUGCAUACGCCCCGCCCCUUUGUUUGCCACGCCCCCUGCACAACCAUACCACCUUAACUAACAAAUUUUCUGCGGGAAACCCUGUAAACUGUAUAAAAUUGGAACUCUUUUAUUAAUGUAAUCAAUACAAGCUGUGCCUUUUGAAAUACUGUUGUAUAUAGAUAAGCUUCCUAAAGCAAACAUGAGCGGGUCAAUCAUAAUAGCUAUAAAGCUACCUUAAAAUUUGAGGAAUUGUGCUAGUAUACUGUCCUGUGGACACUAAUAAUAUAUAUUUUGUGUGAACACCAUUCAGAAAAAUGUUUCUUGAUUUUCUUUUGAAUAUGUCCUUGAUACAGUACUGUGCAAAAUCUUAGGCCACCAUGCUACCAUUAGAUUUGUUGUUUUUGCAAUGUUAUAGUGAUCAUAUAUAAUUAUUUCUCAGUCUCUUUAUUAGAAUACAACCAGAAAAUACAGGAAAUAUGUAUGUAGUAUUAAAAACAGUAUAAAAGUAUAAGCUGAAGUGUCAAGUAUUUAAGUGUGUAAAGUUUAGCGGCAUCUAGUGGUGAGGUUGCGAAUUGCAACCAACGGCACAGUCCACUGCUCACCCCUCACUUUUGAAACGCAUAGAGAAGCUACGGUAGCCGCCACCGGACAAACAUGUCAUCGUCCGAGACAACUUUGUAAAAAAAAAGUUGUUAAGUCUGUUAAGGGCUUCUAUAGAAACAUGGGGGCACAAAAUUGCAACUUCCAUGUAAGGGGACCCUCUGUGUAUGUAGAUACAAACGUCUCAUUCUAAGGUAAUAAACACAUUACGGUUCAUUAUAUAAGGUCUUUAUACACCCCUGAAAAUAUAUGGUUCGGAUAUUAUUUUGCAUUUCUGUCAAGAGAUCCUUCAAAAAAUUACACACUGCACCUUUAGGGUAAACUCCCCUUCCACUUGAGCAUGCGCAAUAGCAGGAACCUGCAGGAUCUCUUAAACCUAAAUGAAAUUAAAUCUAUUUUCUAAUUCUAAUCGAAUGACUUCAUGACUUAAGUCUCCUCAAAAAAGCUCAAGAUGUGUUUCGUGCCAUGAAAGGUCA